UCAGAAUCAGAAUCUAGUGCUGAUUCUUAAUCACUUGUGCACCUUCAGUUUUCACAGAAACAAUAUUUAAAUCUUAACUGAAGAUCACAAUAUUGACAAAUAAAAUGUUCUGCUUCAUACAUCUAAGAUACAUGUUAUGAAACACUAUACAUUUACUCAUACUUUAUUGAAACAUCGGGAUUUAUCAACACAAAAAUGACUGCUACAACUUCACAUAAGUUAAAAGAACAUGUUUAUUCAGUUUUUAACAAGAUUGUUUUGUUUAUUCAAGAGAAUAUUAGGCAGAGGUGCAAUCUGAUUAUUGGGCUCAAAUACAAGUUAAGACCUCUGGGUAACUUGUAUUAACAAUUGUCAGCCAUGACCUCAAGCAACACUGCCUUAUUGUUGUUUGUUGAAUUUUAAAGUAAUUGUACUUAACUUGAGUGUUAUUCUUUAAGGGAAGGGUAAUCUUGUAACUUGUUACUGUUUAAAGUACGAUUUACUUGAAGGCUACGACAAAUCCGAACAAAUCAAUUCCAACAUUUGUAAUAAUGUAAUGUAACAAGUUAUGUUAUUUCAGUCACAGGGUACAAUUCUCACUCUGAGGUUAGUAUGCACUAAAAGAAGUCUGUAAGCUUUAUUCUGUAAGUCAAUCAGGCUGUGUCAUACUGACGUCUGUUUCACUUCCUUUCUCUUUUAUUUCUGGACCUCUGCAUUUGUGUGCAGAACAAUAAACUUCAUGAUACUGCGCUGUUGAGAGGAAAUGCUUUACCACUGGCUGCUGAGAAGAACCUGUGUUUUUCACUUGCCACAGAGCAGAGAAGCGUUGUAUAAAUCAGUGUGUGGAAUCAAGAUGGAUUUAAUACUUUGUAGCUCUUUUGUUGGGUCUCCGUUGUCAGUCUGACGAAAGUAAAAUACCCUCACCUAUGGCCAGUCUGGAAAGAAAUAACAGAAUCCUGCUUGAUUUGGUGCAGCAGCCAGGUAACAACGUGUGCGCUGACUGUGGAGUUCCUGGGUUGCACCGAAAUUUGCCAGCAGUCAGCAGAAUGAAAUCUAUCCGUCUGGAUCUGUGGGAAGAUUCAGUAGUUGAGUUCAUGAAAGAGAGGGGGAAUUCUGAAGCCAAAGCCAUUUUUGAGAAGUGUAUUCCUGACUUCUACUACCGGCCACAACAAAAGGACUGUGUUGUUCUCAAGGAUCAGUGGAUCAGAGCAAAGUAUGAAAGAAGAGAAUUCACUGGAGAAAGCACCAUCUAUCAGCAUGCUUACAGCUUAGAUAUGUUUGAGGCAACACUGUGGAAGAAGGGCAAAGACAACAAGCAGUUCCUGAAGAGGAUCUUCCAGCUGUCUCGAAAAGACUUCACCCUAAAAUACUUCACCAAAGAGGAUUCCAAGGUUCCCAAAGCUGUAAUCUCCAUGAAGGAUCUAAAUGCAGUUUUCCAGCCUGAGAAAAUCGCUCAUGCUCACGGGCUGCAGAUCUCAUACCUGCAGGAGGAACGUACCAGGAAUCUAUUUGUGUAUCAUGAGAACGGACAGGUAAUUGUGUCCUUGUUCAAUGCAAUCCGGGCAACCCGCUUGGCAUACCUCCAGAAGAAACAUCCAACCCUUCGAACCAGUGAAUUAUUACCUAAAAUAACAAGACACUGUUUGAAGGAGGGCUACAUGGAGAAAACUGGCCCAACGCACCGGGAGCCAUUCAAGAGGAGGUGGUUCACACUGUGUUCCAUGAACAGAAAGCUUCUCUAUUUCAAAACUCCUCUGGAUGCCACAGAACUGGGUGCUGUCUUCAUCGGCACAGAGAGCCACAGUUACUCUGUCUCAGAGAGCAGCUGCCGGAGCUCCAGGGGGGGCCGCUGGCACUGUGGCAUCACACUGCAGACUCCAGGCAGACAGUUUGUGUUCAUGUGUGAGGUGGAGCAAGAACGCAGGGAAUGGCUGGAGGCUUUCACAAAGAUCAUCACACAGCCUAUGACCCCAGAGGACUAUGCUAAUGAAGCCAACAUGAGGAGGGGGAAAUGACUGAGAUGGCUCUACCUGCUGGUUGCAGGAGUUCAGGAACCACUAAGUAUCCUCUCAGGACAUUAUCAUUGGAUGCUUUAGUGUGGAUAGGAUUUACUUGUACCGCUAGUAUUUCCUGACACGCCCAACAGAUGUUCACCUCAAACACUUCACUUGGUUGACAGCAUCUGUGAAAACAAUGUGACACCUUGGAGAAGUUAAGAAAUUGUUGCUUUAUAAUAUCUCUACAUGAAUCUGAAACACUAUGUCUCUUGUAUUUCAUGCAAACUAGAUGCCACAAAUAGUUUUUCCUUGCAUUUCUUUUUAUUUAUUAGAAAAAAAGGAUGAAUAUAUAGAAUGUUUUUUUGGGGGGGGGGGGGGUUCUUUGUGAUUAUGAACAAUUUUACACAAUUUGCACAUUUUAAUAAGAUUGAGUUUGUCUCUGUCACAAUUGGCUGUUAAUAUGAAUCAGUAGCGCUGUAAGUUAUACAUCAUUUCAAUAAAUUUGAAACAAAAAGAG